AUGUCCGAGAAGGAGCCGGACCAGGCGCCCGGGCCCCCGGAGGAUUCGGCGCCGCGAUGUCCCGAGCACGACCUGGAGCUGAAAUGGUUCUGCAGCGCCGAGCGGCGGCUUGUGUGCGCUGGCUGCAAGGGACUGGGGGGCCCCUGCCGAGAGCACCACGUCCGGAGGGCGGAGGAGCGGGCGGAGGAGCUGCGGAACAAGAUAGUGGAUCAGUGCGAGAAGCUGCAGCUACAGAGUGCUGGCAUCACCAAAUACAUGGCUGAAGUUUUGCCUCGGAAAAACCAAAAUGCAGCGACCUUGGCCAGUGGGGCCCGGGAGGUAGUGAUCCAGCGGCUGGGCCUGGUGAGGAAUGUGUGUGAGAGUGAGGAGCAGAGGUUGCUGGAACAGGUACACACAGAGGAGGAACGAGCCCACCAGAGCAUCUUGACCCAGCGGUCCCAUUGGACCGAGGCCUUACAGAAGCUCAGUACCAUCCGCACCAACCUAGUGAGCAUGCUCACUGAUCUCGACGACCGAAGCCUUGUUCAAUCAGAGCGGGAGAUUUUUGAGAGGACUGAGGAAGCUGAGGGAAUCUUGGAUCCCCAGGAAUCUGAGAAGUUAAAUUUUAAUCAGAAAUGUGUGCGGAGCCCAUUAUUGACCCAGCUCUGGGCAUCAGCUGUUCUCUGCUGCCUAUCAGGUACUGAGGACAUACAGGUGGACGAGAGGACCAUCAGUCCCUUUCUCCGACUGUCAGAGGACAGGAAGACCUUAACCUUCAACCCCAAGAAGUCUAAGGCCUAUGCAGAUGGCCCAGAACGCUUUGACCACUGGCCCAAUGCUCUGGCUUCAGCCUCCUUCCAGGGUGGGCUUCAUGCCUGGAUAGUGAAUGUAGAGAACAGCUGUGCUUAUAAGGUGGGAGUCUCCUCAAGCCAGCUGCCCCGAAAGGGUUCUGGCAGUGACACCCGCCUUGGCCACAAUGCUUUCUCCUGGGUUUUCUCUCGCUAUGACCAGGAAUUCCGGUUCCUGCACUGUGGCCAGUACCAGCCUUUGGCAUUGUUGCGUUGCCCAGACCGCAUUGGGGUGUUGUUGGACUUGGCAGCGGGUGAACUGCUGUUCUAUGAGCCCACCUCAGGUGCCCUCUUGUGUUCCUAUCAUGCCCAGUUUGAGGGCCCUAUCUUUCCUGUCUUUGCUGUGGCUGACCAGAACAUCUCCAUUGUUCAGUGAUGGGCUUCUCUCAUGAUGCUCGAAGAGUUCCCUCCUCCUUGGCUCACCCUCAACAUCAUGGUGCCAUGUUUUCCCCAUUGUGCAUGCCCAGUAGCCAUAUAUCACCUAUAACAGAUAGUAGUGGGAAGAUGGAGCUGAGAUGGGUUUUGAAAUGGGGUUCCACCUUUUAGGGCCUUGGUGUUGGUGAGGAGCAUGCCCUCACCCCUCCAAACCCUCUUUCCCCUAUCAUUCAUUCUUGAAGUACCUGGUAUGGGAGGACGGGGAAAGAAGAUAAAGGAAAGAACAUUUGCCAGAGGUUCAAAUGCCUGGGUCCUAGUUUCAGCUCAUCACUAACUCAUUGUGGGAUGUCCAGUAAUUUGUUUGAUCUUAUUAGGCAUCAAUUUCCUCAUGUGUGAGGGUAGAUGAGCUGAAGGUGAUCAUUAGCUCUCAGAGUCAGAGCAAAGUUCACCGACAUUAACUAAUUUUUGAUUCCUCCUGCAGUGACUGCUUAUAACUGCUAGGUGUGUGUUUAUAGCCCCCUUUCCCUUUUCUUCUGUUUUGGGGACUCACCAGGGUCCACUCUCCCACUUUCUGGAUGCUGGGUACUCCUUGGACCCCUACAUCCAUCUUAGGUUGUUAGGUAGGCUCUCCUACCAGGUGCUAACUUCAGCUGUAGCUCUGGGCCAGUCCUACUGAGAGUGGCUGGUAGUGGAUGACUUUCCCUAGCCCAGCCUGAUAGAUGUCUCCAGUCUUUCACCUUCUCCUGACUCAGUAGGACCCAUUCUCUAAGGCUAGGAGUUGGGCACAUAAAUAAGGAGCCUGAGAGGGGAAAGAGAGGAAGCGUGGAUGUCUAAUGGCAGGACAGGCUCCUGAGGAAGUGUCUGGCUGUGGGAAACAUUUAAAUUAUUAAAAAGUUUGGGAAAAAAAAUUCAAAUUCCUGGUUUCUUUUGUCCCUGAACCUUUGCUGGUAAUCAAGUAUGCCUCAUAUCCUUUUUUUUUUUUUUUAAAUCUUUAUUUUCUGUCUUAGUAGCAAUUCUUUAAAAAAAUU